ACCAGGGCCAGGACCAAAAACAAAGCAUUCAGGAUUAAAGACACACAUGUGGAAAAGAGGCAUUCGGACGACACAGAAACUUCUGCCAGCACGGCAUUCACAGAUUCAGUCUUGCUGCCAUUACCAUAAACCCAGGCAACAACAACAAAAGACUCUUCGUCCAUUCUCUCCGGAGCUUGCCUCCGUUUCUGUACGAUAUGCAUGGAACUGGACCAAGAUCAAAGCUGAUCCCAAAAACCCGUUUUUUGCACAGCGCAGUACUAGGAACACGCCACAUACCGCCGUCAUCCUUCUACGCAAGGCUGAAAUCCCCAUGUUACAGAUCAAACCUCCUGUCUUUAUCCCAUCAACAAGUGAACAAGCACUCUCUCAACACUCUGUUGUUCAUGUCAGAUUUCAAUACGGAACCAUCCCCCAUAGCAUCUAAUGUCCUCGCCUGCUCCUCUACAGGAUUGAUUCAUUACAUCCAGAUCGCCAAUCAACAUCUAUCACUCAUUCUCCCUACUUAUAAUAUCACUAAUGGCGGGCGCAACCCAGAUCUAAUACCCCCGCUUUUGAAAACAUUUUUGGAAUCUGUCACAUACACUAAGCUCGGAUAUGGAGCCUAUGAAGAUGCUAUGCGCGUCAAGGAUCAGUAUGGAAUCACUUGUAAAAAUGUCCUUGAUAUCCAUUGGAUGGCAAAAGUGAUAGGAGUGGGUUCUAUCAAUGUCGGAAUGUUACAUGACGUGUUUAGUGAACCUCAUGACAUCUAUUUACCUGGAAGAAUUAAUUCAAAUGGACAAGUCUCCCAGUCAGAACAAAAAGAGCCGGGAACAUUAAUUGAUCCAAGAAGAUGGGAUUGGGAAUCUCACGGAAGUAUUGAACUCUCACGCGAGCUGAUCCGAUGUAUUGCACAGGAUGCGUUUACAAGCUUACGAAUGUACGAUAACAUUCUCGUACAAAAGUUCAGGCAUGGAUACCAGCCACUAUUGACUGACCCUAUUCAAAUGACGACUGAUGCUAAAAAGUUUUUGCUGACCAGUGUUCCCCGUGGAACGGUAUGUUCUUAUUCCUGUAAGAUCUCUGCAUCAUCUUUUGAAAGGACCCUUUAUGAAGCCUAAUAUGGACGUGGUUGAUCGUGAUGCUCUGGCGCUG